AUGGAGUAUACCAAACACAAGGAGGACCCUGUGGAUGGCUUCAUCAUGCAAGGCCCGGCAUCUGACCGGGAGUCUAUCGAGGACUUUGUCAAACCUGCCUGGUUGAAGGAGAGUUUGGAGCACGCAGAGAAGCUAAUUUCCGCUGGGAAAGAGACCGAAGCGAUGCCCAAAGAUCUAGUGCCAAGCUUCUUCUCGACACCCAUGACGGCCUACCGUUGGCAUUCUCUGGCGGCUAAGGGAGGUGAUGAUGAUUACUUUUCAUCCGACCUCGAGGAAUCGUUCGUCUCCGAGGUCUGGAAUCGUUUCCAGCAGCCCGUCAUGGUCCUACACUCUGCAGAAGACGAGUUCGUGCCAGCCAAGAUCGACAAGCAAGCUCUGAUAGAUCUGUGGAAGAAGACAAACUCCAAGGUCAACGAGCUGUCUGGCUUGAUUCCCGGAGCAAGCCACACUGUAAAGAACCCGGAGUCACAGCGGUGGCUGGCAGAGCGUGUGGCUCAGUUCAUCCAGCAAGUAUGA